AUGUUUAGCAAAGUCAGAGAUAAGUCAAGAGACAAACUAGAACAAAUUAACCAAGAACUCCAGGAGAUAUUGCAAUCAGAGGUAGCCAUCAACAAAUCGAAUGAGAAAUAUAUAAAGGAUCUGGAAUGUAAGUACACCCGGUGUGAGAAAGAAAUCCAAUCUCUCAAUAAAGAACUGGAACGGCUCGAGAACGCUUCGGAGAAAGAAAAGGCGGAGUUGAGAUCGGAGAUAUCGUCCCUUAAAAGAAGCUUAUAUCAAGCUAAAAAGGAAAUCCGAGAUAAGGUAUCCUAUACCGAUAAUAUAGAGAAGCAAUUACAAGAAUCAGAAGAGCGGGUUCAAAAUUUAAGGCAUAGGUUUAAAGUUAUUUCUUCUCGAAGAAGCUCUCCAAGUUUAUAUAAUUCAGAAGAGGAAGAUACAGAUAUGGCACAUAUAGACCCCUUUAUAAAUAUCACUAGAGGAUUAAAUCGACUUGAAAACCAUUUCACAGGGGGUACACCUUUAAUUAAUCCUGCCAAUAUCAUCCAAGGUAUGUACGGUACUUUAAAUACUAUUCGGGCUAAUUAUCAAAGAAUAGACCAGGAUUUGGAUGAUGUUACAAAUCAACGAGAUGCUCGAGAUGCUCAAAUAGUACAAUUACAGCAAGAUGUCAAUUAUUUUAGACAGCAAAAUAAUGCUUUACAAAAUCAUGUUAACCAACUUACACUAGAGCGUAACAAUUCUCAGAAUGAUCUUGCUUUGAUGACUACAGCUUAUUAUAAUGAACGGGAAGAACGUCGACAUUGGUGGAGGGUAGCUAAACAAUUGGAAAAGGGAAUGCAGAUGCGGAUUAAUACUUUAUUACUUGAUAAGCUUGCACUUAAUUUUAAACUCCGGAGGUGUCAAAGACAUGGUAGAGAAUUACAACAAAAAUAUGAUAUGCGUGGACAAUUGUGGCAUAAUGCAAGCCUAGUAUGGGAGGAUCAGUCUAAACUCAAACGUAUUCUUGAAAUUAUUUAUAAAGUAUCCACCCACCGGUUAAAACAAGAAUUACAAAGGUGUCAUAAUCAUGGAGCUAUGCUAGAAUAUUGGCAUGAUAGACGUUUACCAGUAUUAAAAUUAAUACAACCCACUCUUGCAAGCUUUCCACCCUAUAUUGGUCAAGAACCACCUGAUGAUUAUUUGGAUAAGGUUGUACAAUCAUGGGCAUUUGCUGAGGGACAUAUGACAGUUCUUGAAAAUGCACAUGCAGGAGAUUUCGAUGAUGCAGUUAAGUGUACUAUCUUAAAAUCCAAGAUGGCUGGAAAAUAUGCUCCAGUACCAGCUAAUGACCCCUUUACUCAUGUUUCAGCUAUUAAUGUACCACCCACAAUUUCUCAGCUAGAAACUAAUUCACACCAAUUACAAAAUAAAUCACAAUCAGAUAAUGAUAGUAUACGAGCUGAAAUAAAAAGCAUGAUAAAAUCAGAAUUAGCUGUAGUACCCACCACUUCCCUUCAGCCUACACAAUUUCAGAAAACACAAGUUCUACAGUCUCAGCAGAAACAAUCUGAUCCUAUUGAUUACCCUAGAGUACCAGAUAAAUAUAUGCCAGAAAGACCACCAGACGAAUAUGGUGUAUAUUCUGAAAAAUUUAUCCAUGCGAAUCUUAUAAACCCAACUCCUACAUCUAAUCAGGUUAUAGAAUCUGUAGCGAAAGAUGUUUACGAAAAAGUAAUGGAUAAAAUUUCCUCUUUUCUACCCAAGAAGAAAAAAGAUACUCCUAAUAAUGAUGAUAUGGAUGAUAUUACUAAGGGUAUGGCAGAAUUAUCAAUAAAUAAGGCUAUAGCCAAAGGUAUAUCACAGGGAAUAAAAGCGGUACAUGAUAAUAAUGUAUCAUCUCAGCAUAGAUGUUCGAAUUGUUAUAGUCUUGGACAUAAUUCUCGCAAGUGUCCAUAUCCUCGAAAAAGGAACAGAAAAAAUAGAAAGAGUAGAUCCAAAAAGAGAGGCAGUGUUAAUAAGGUUGCUGUAGAUUCGGGUUCAGAUACAAACUCUUCCAAUAAUGAUUCUUCAGAUAAUAACUCCGAUUCUGGGGAUUCCUCGUCUGAAGUUGAAUCUGAUCAUAGUUUUGAUGAAUCCAAACCUCGCAAGACAAAACAAAAAAAUACUCCUGCUUCUGGUAGACUCAAAGAGUCAUUGCAAAGCAAUAAGUCUGGAAAUAAAUCAACUGUUAUUGAUAAAUCACUUCAAAGAGUUAUACUAGAUAUGCUUGAUGGUAUCGCACCUAUAGAUUGGAUUGAGAAACUUAAAGCUAAGAUUGAGAACCCAUCUGAUAUACUCCCAUCUAUCAAAAAAUCGAAUUUUAGAGAUUAUCGAGAACCAGUUCCAGCAAUACCCGAUUCAGAGGAAGAAGAAACAUUAGAUGAUCCUAUGGAGAUAGACUUCGUUAUAAAGAAAGAACCUACUACAACUAUCGCAACUAUACCAUGUAAGAUUAAACGUCUGAAAAUUCCAGCAAUGACAUUAGAUUCGGCCGCCCAACCCGCGAUUGUAACAGACGACAUUGUUAAACGUGUGGGCGGGAAGAUUGAUAAAUCAGAGAUAUAUGAUCUCAGUGGUAUUGCUACAGUUCCAACUGAAUCCAUUGGUGUCAUCCGUAAUUUACCAAUAACAUUUCCUCCAGGUUUUACUAUAUAUGAAGAUUUUGUAGUUGUGAAAUAUAAAAAGCCAACAUUAAUAUUUUCGAAUCCACUUCUCAAGAAAUACAAAUGUGCUAUAGAUUGGGCCAAAGAUGAGUUAAAAAUUCCUUUUAAUGGUAAGGAUCAUAUUAUUCCUGUAACUAUGCACAAUGUCAAAAAUAAUCUUGAAGUAAAUUGCGCUACCGCAUCUCAGAAUGAUAAGUCUUUGGUAUCCGAUCAAAUUUCUCAAGAGACGGAUAGUGAUAAGGAUGACAAUAUAACAUUGGAGGAAUGGCAUGCUCCUGCGC